AUGCACCACCCAAGGUUGGCUUCAACAGAACCUCCUCUUUACCAUCUUACCGACACACUCUCAGACUUGGGGAUCUCUCGAAUCUUUUUCAUCAUCUCGAAAAGCGAUUAUCAGCUAUCUAAAGCAUAUGGCUCAAUGGACUUCGAUCCUGAGUUCAUCACCAGCUAUGCUGCGGGGUCUGCAAGACCCGUCCAACAAGCGCGUAACUUCUUGCGCUCUGGUCAAGUUUGUACUAACGCCUCGCAGAAGACCAGAGCGGGCAUUGGUGUUCGCACCACCAUCAUGUUGCGCAACAUCCCCAACCGCGUCGACUUUGAGGACAUGAAGCAGUUCCUCGAUGAGACUCAAGAGGGUCACUACGACUUCCCUUACCUGGACAAUGUUCAUCCCUCGAGUCUCACCUGA